AUGGUGGUCACUUGCGCUGCAUCGGCAAAGCUGGCUUUGCCGGCCCUUAUGCAUAAUGUUUUUCGAUCCCAGUUCGCCAGUGACUUGGCCUCUUCGACAAUCCCUUACCGUUUCGCCUCUCGCCCUCCCUUUUCCUCCCAGAAUCAACGACCAUUCAGCUCGAUCACAUACUUGCGCGAUCCCCAAAGUGAGCAAUCAGCGCAGAUAAUACCCGAGUCUCCGGUCACCAACGCCUCCACACCUUCCGACAAGCCAAGAAAGCAAUUUUCUGGCGCCCCGCGCAACAAGAAUGGAUGGAAGCCGAUGAAGAGUCACCCAAGAAAACCAGAGAAUGAAUACAAGAGAAGCGACAGAGAGCGCAAGGCAUUCCGUACAGAGACCCGCAAAGAAGCCCGUAAGGAAGACCGAAAAGAUUCCGGGAAGGACUCGCACGGGAACAAAGAUUCAAAGUCGGCAUCAAGUGGAAAGAAAAAGAAGGAGACUUGGCAAGUCCAAAAAGCCGCACUGGAAAAGAAGUUCCCCCAGGGUUGGAAUCCACCUAAGAAGCUUUCUCCUGAUGCGCUCGAUGGAAUUCGUCAUCUACAUGCGAAAGCUCCUGAGCAAUUCACAACGCCUGUGCUCGCAAAAGAAUUUGAGGUUUCUCCGGAAGCUAUUCGUCGAAUUUUGAAGAGCAGAUGGCAGCCAUCAGAGGACGAGCAGGAGAGCCGGCGCCAGCGAUGGGAGAAGCGACACGACCGAAUCUGGAGUCGUAUGGCUGAGCUUGGUCUCCGUCCUGAGACCAAGCGUACAAAGUCCAUCUCGGAUGCUCGAGUGUUGUAUGGCGACGAGAGCGGACGCAAGUAG